AUGGCGGAGGAGACGAAGGAGAAUGAAGAGAGGGUGAAGCUGUUCGUCGGACAAGUUCCCAAGAACAUGACGGAGGAUGAGCUUCUCGCAUUGUUCCAGGAUUUCUCCAUCGUCAACGAAGUCAACAUCAUUAAAGACAAGAUAACGCGAGCUUCCCGAGGAUGUUGUUUUCUGAUAUGUCCUUCAAGAGAAGAAGCAGACAAGGUGGUCAAUGAUUGUCAUAACAAGAUGACAUUGCCUGGGGCGUCUAGUCCGUUGCAAGUUAAGUAUGCAGAUGGCGAGGUUGAAAGACUAGAGCACAAACUUUUCGUUGGGAUGCUUCCAAAGAAUGUCUCUGAAGCUGAAGUCUUAUCCUUAUUCUCCAAAUACGGAACCAUAAAGGAUGUGCAGAUUCUAAGAGGGUCUCUACAAACUACCAAAGGUUGUGUUUUUCUGAAGUAUGAGACUAAAGAACAAGCUGUCGCUGCUAUCGAGGCUACUAACGGAAAAUAUAUAAUCGAGGGUUCGAAUGUUCCUUUGGUUGUUAAAUGGGCAGACACAGAAAGGGAAAGACAAGCCCGAAGACUUCAGAAAGCUCAAUCUCAUGCUUCCAGACUCGCUAACUUUGGUCUACAGAACCCUUCUCUGUUUGGAGCCUUACCAAUGAGUUAUGUUUCUUCAUAUAAUGGAUAUGGCUAUCAUAGCCCUGGACCUGGAACUUAUGGGUACAUGCUACCACCUAUCCAGGCUCAACCAGCAUUUCAAAGUGUGGUUUCACCGAACCAGGGUUCCAAUAAUGCAUCGCAAGGAGCCGCUUUGACCGAGUCUGUUCCACCGCGUUUAGCUGCCCGUAGAAACUUCCCUAUGCCUCUUGGAAAUUACAGCUAUCAUGGUCUUCAGUAUCCAAUGGCGUUUGCUCGUGGGAUGAUCAGUCCUCGCCUUCCUCUAACCACUGUUUCACAUGGAAUUUCAAACAGCGGCGCAUGGACACCUUCCUCGCUUCAAACUGAAGGACCGGAAGGUGCGAAUCUAUUUAUCUACAACAUACCCCGGGAAUUCGGGGAUCAAGAACUUGCGGUUGCAUUUCAACCGUUUGGUAAAGUAGUAAGCGCAAAGGUUUUUGUAGACAAGGCCACUGGUGUAAGCAAAUGUUUUGGAUUCAUUAGUUAUGACUCCCAAGAAGCUGCUCAAAACGCCAUUAACACGAUGAACGGUCGCCAAAUUAGCGGUAAGAAGUUGAAAGUUGAGGUCAAGAGAGAAAACGGCACACAACAACAUAGUACUAGCAAACCUGUAAACAGCUGA